AUCCUGGCCCCAGCCUGCCUGGCCUACCCACGGCUUCAGCCUCGCAUCUCGACUUCUCGUACUCUCCCUCUUGCAGCCUCUACUCUCCGGUCAGACCCAUCUUUGCUUCUGUUAUCAUGGCGGCGGAGCAGAGAAAGCUGCUCGAGCAGCUCAUGGGCGCCUCGACCUCGCGUCAGGCUCAGGUGUCCAUGGAAGACCCAAAGGUCUGCCGAUCCUACAUCGUCGGCACCUGCCCGCACGAUCUCUUCACCAAUACCAAGCAGGAUUUUGGCCCUUGCAGCAAAAUUCAUUCCGAGGGCCUCAAGGCCGAGUACGAGGCUAUGCCACAGAGCGAGCGCCAGCGCCUUAAUUUCGAGUAUGACUACAUGCGCGAUCUGCACAAAUACAUUGACGACUGCAACCGUCGCAUCGAUUCGGCACAGAAGCGUCUUGAGAAGACCCCAGAGGAAAUUCGCCAGACCAACGAUCUGCUUGAAGCCAUCGCCGACAUAGAUGAAAACAUCAAGUGCGGCAUCGAAGAAAUCGAAGUCUUUGUAAGAAUCGGGCAGGUCAGCCUGGCCAUGGACGAGUGGUACAACCUCAAAGUCAUGGCCCAGACAAAGGCGGAGAAGGAGCGAGAGCUUAAGGCGCUCUCGGACACCUCCGGCCCGUCUGGCCACCAGAAGCUGCAGGUUUGUGAUGUGUGCGGCGCCUACCUCAGCCGUCUCGACAAUGAUCGCCGGUUGGCCGACCACUUUUAUGGAAAGAUGCACCUCGGCUAUGCGCAGAUGCGGAAGGCGUUUGAAGCGUUUCCGCGCGAUAUGAAGCAACGCAUCCGACCGCAGCCGUCGGCCAUGGAUGACGACGGCCCCGGCGGACCCCGGGGCCCAAAGGGACCACGUGGAUACGGCGGCUACGGCGGCGGUCGUCGUCAUAGGGGCUAGGAUCCCGAUGAGGACGACCAUGAGAACCCCGCCGACCUUGAACGUGAAGGCCUUCGCCCGCGUGGAGGCGACUAUUCCGUUGAAGGUGAUCUGGAACCACGUGGACCUUUUGAGGGAGGCGUUCGCCGAGACAGAGGCUUCGACCUCUACGAAGGCGACAUGGGGCCUCCAGGCGGUUACUCCGAAGGCAGGUGAGCAAAGACGCGGCGCGACUAGGCGGACGAACGCACCAGAAUAGGGUAACGAACGAAUGGUAUUUGACGCAGGCGCGGUAGAGGCGGUCGUCGUCGGGGCGGUCAUCGUGGCCGCGGCGGACGCCACUACAAUGGACCCUACUAGGGCUGUACAAUACAGGAAGACGGCAUUUGGCCAUAUACGAGCAUUGGUGUUGAUGGCGUUUACGGACAGGGUUGCUGCUUGUAAGGGAGAUACCCCUGCUGGGAAAGAAGGGAUACCAAGGAUUGCGAGUCUCGCUGAAUGCAACUGGAUGGCAUCGAGGUGUGCAUAUUGGGUAAUUUCCAAUCGCCACAUGAAGUGACUUAUCGUUUGCUGAAAUUGUCAGAGCACUUUUUGGUAUCUUGCG